CAAUAUGGCGGAACAAGAAGAGCAGCCAGACAGUAGUGGCAAAGAAGAGGAUACUUCAGGAAAGAGGAAGCGUCUUUUUCACAAAGAAUUACGAUGUAUGAUGUAUGGUUUUGGUGAUGACCAAGCCCCAUUUACAGAAUCUGUUGACUUGCUUGAAGAUUUGGUGGUUGAAUACAUUUCAGAAAUGACAUUGAAAGCCAUGGCCAUUGGAAAGAAAGGCCGAGUCCAUGUGGAAGAUGUUGUGUUUUUGAUUCGCAAGGAUCCCAAGAAAUAUGCUAGAGUAAAGGAUUUAUUAACAAUGAAUGAAGAACUGAAGAAAGCAAGGAAAGCUUUUGAUGCAGAAAGCUACGGCGAAAUUAGUUAAUAUCCUCUUUCAUUUGAAUUACAAAAUUAAUCACAUUGUUUAUUCUCUUAUUUGUGAUUAGAGAGACUAUAAAAGUUGGGGUGAAACGUGGGGACUGGGAAGAAUAGUUUGAUAACUUUUGGUUAUAUGACAUGCUGUUAUGAGUUAUGAACCUUUUUUGCAUUGUAAAUACAUUUUUUGUUUAUUUCUUUAUACAUUAGUAUAAAUAUUGGGUAUACAAACAAUAGGUUAGAUUUUGACUUAAAUAAAUCGUAAAAGAAAUCUUUUCAAAAA